GGCGGUCAGUCCUUCACUCGGGCGGGGCGGAAAGACUGGUGUGUGUGUGUGUGCGUGUGCGAGUAUAACACCAGCAGCUGCUUUCUGAUCCACACGGUGUGUAUGAAUGUAUAUAUACCGGAGUGGUGAGGAUGAGGUCGGCUCUCCUCCUCCUCCUCCCUCUCUCCUCACUCUUCUCCCUCCUCCUGUUCUCCCACAUCCCAAUCAUCUCCGCCUGUAACAAAGCUCUGUGCGCCAGUGACGUGAGCAAGUGCCUCCUACAGGGCCUGUGUCAGUGUCGGCCAUCAGAAGGAAACUGCUCCUGCUGUAAAGAGUGUAUGCUGUGUUUGAGCACACUAUGGGAAGAGUGCUGUGACUGUGUGGGCAUGUGUAACCCGAGGAACUACAGUGAGACCCCACCCACUUCCAAAAGCACAGUCGAGGACCUCCAUGCACCGAUCCCAUCACUCUUCAGGGCCCUCACUGAUGGAGACACUCCUAUCAACAUGAUGGUGGUGUCAUUCCCCGUGGCUGACGAGCUCUCACACCACGAGAACCUCGUGUCCUUCCUGGAGUCUCUGGAGCAAGAGCAUCAAAAUGUUUCUCUGCCUGGGACAAGCAUCCAUGAUACCUAUGAGAAAGAUAACCUGUGCACGGUGGUGUAUUUUGACGAGUGCGUGUCUAUCCGCCAGUGUAAACAGUAUUGUGAGUCGAUGGGAGCAUCGAAGUACCGCUGGUUCCACAAUGCGUGCUGUGAGUGCGUUGGGCCCGAGUGUGUGGACUACGGCAGCAAAGCGGUCAAAUGCAUGAACUGUCUCUUCUGAGAGUGCUGACACACGGGAUUGUGUUUCAGUACCUUAUGGUCUAUUAAUAUCAUAUUCCGUCUUUUAUUGCUGAUCAUGUGUAAUAUGAUUUUAGUUUUCUUUGCAAAACAAUUGGUAUGCUACAUCUUUACUGACAUUGUAUGUUAUUAUUAAUUUUCUGUUCUGUUCACAAAUUGCAGUUUUUCUCAAUUGCAAAGACACAUUUCUUGAGCUCUUCACCAACUUUAAACACAAAGCCACAUUCACAAAACUCUUCUAGCAAUAUCAAACAAUGCUUUCAGAUCAUGCAAACAGCCGGACAAUAUAUAAACACUACAGAGCAUUCAUUAGACACUGCAUCAAAAAAAUGAAGAACACAGCAACCAGGGCAUGUAGUUACAGAAAACAAAAGGUUACUGUAUAUAAUACAGGCAUUUUGCAAAUGCAGAUGUUCAGUGUUGUACGGCCCAAGUGUUACAUGAUUGUGGAGAACCCCACGAUUACUUUGUGCAAAUGGUGGCAUUUCCACCAUGCAGGCCAAGGACUUCCACAAUGGCACAUAGGCUGAUUAUGUUCCUGCCUCUCCUUCUCCAUUGUUGAUGUCAACAUUCAAUGCGCCUGUGCACCCUGAGCUGUCUUAUAUUUUGUGGUUUGAGCACAUCAUUAGAAACAAGUGUGAACAAUUUUGAGUUCUUGUGUGGUACUGAUGAUGACUGAAUUGUAGUUUUGCUGCUUGUGUUUUUGCAUUACCGAGUGCACCACAGUGCAAAAUGUGUUUCAGUGAGUGAAAAUGUGCUCAGAGUUUUGCAAAAAGGUGUCUAACUCCCUGAACUUGGUUAAGGUUUCGCCAAAAGAGCAGUUGAUUUGACAAAUGGGUUUAGGCUACUGAGCAUUUGGUUCAGAAAAUCAGGUUUAGUGUUUUAGAAAUUGAGUGUGCUUAACCCUUUCCUGUUUGUGUGGUGUGUAUCAUCUAGUGUUAGUCACUAGAUGGCACUCUCUUGCAAAAAGUUCUUUUUUGUUUGAUCACAUAGCUGAGAUGAAGUGUAUAUACCAUUAACCAUUAAUGCAGGAGAAGCAGUGGUUUGAAAUCAUAUAGAAGUAUUGUUAUUUAUAUAUAGUGUCAAUCCAUUGUUCAAAUAAACCUAUGCCACAAGAAAUCUAUACCACAUAGAGUAUAUCUACAUGCUUUCAGAGAGCUGUACAGGUUGCAUUAUGGUUCCCAUAACUGACAUUAUUUAACACAUUAGUUAACAUGAACAAACCAUGAACUUCAGCAUUAAUGCACCUUAACUAACAUUAACAACUUAACUAACGCUUAUGUUCAUCGAUUGAUUAGUAAUAAACCAAAUAAUCCAAAAUAUGAUCUAAUGUUCAUACCAUCAGUGAAUAAAAUGAUGCCCACCAUGAGCAGUAUGUACAAGACCUUAAUGAACAGAUCAGAUUGAAUUUCAAGUUUCGAUAUGCACUGUAUACACCUAGAGUUUAUAAAGUUCUCAUUGUAGUAAAUAUGCUAUAGCAUAAAUUAGCUAGGCGCUAAUUUAUUUUUAUUCAUGGAUUGGCGAGUUGACACAUUAGCCAAUACCGUUGUAUUUCAUUAACAUUUAAACAAACGUCAGUCUCAGACUAAAUAUGUGUGUUCAUGCUGCAAUUCUCAAAUCUGAUUGAUCAGAAGGUGUUAAUUAAUUUGCUUUAACAGCAGCUCUGGCAGUCGUUCCAGCUGCAGUACAUAUCACAUGUUUCUAUUAACGCGCUCGUUCAAAUAUGUUUCCCGUUUCUGCGGUAUAAUAACAACUUGUUCAAACUGACUUGUAUAGCAAAUGCUCCACAUAAGCCAGAUGGGUUUUUUAAAGUGUUGUUAUUUAGCAAAGAAAAUGACUGCUAUGGUGAAGCUUUCUUUGAGGAUGAAUUAUGAAACAAGUCUCCAGUGCCAGUGCUUUCAAUAGCAGUCAGUAAGUUGUCCACCAGGAAAGUCUUCAGAUUAUUUAGCACUUUUUAUUAAAGCAUUAAAUGUAACAAUUCAUGGUUAAGCGUACAGCAUAUUGUUCAUUAAAAAUGAAAACAAAAAACUUAAACAUGGAUAUGCUGUUAUUGGAAAACAUAAACCUGUUCUUGAUUAUUUUCCUAAACCAGCAUGCCUGUGAUGUGUUUUAUUCCUAUAUACAUUCUAAACAUUCCUUAUGGUUUAUUAAAGCUGAAUUUCAUCAUUUCUUAACUAAUGCAAUAAAUAUGUUAAUAACCAGGAAUCUUAAUGUACAGAGUUUUCAAUGUAUUCUUGUUUUGGAGAUACAGUUGAGGUCAUAAAUUUAUACACCGUGCAGAAUCUGCAAAAUGUUUUUACAUAUAGGCCACAAGACACAGUAAUAACGGAAUUUACACAAAUGAACCAGUUCAAAAGUUUACACACGCUUCAUUCUUAAUAUUGUGUCAUUGUUGUUACCUGGAUGAUCAACGACUGAUCAAAUGGCAGUAAUAAAUGAAAAAAAAAGAUCUUUAAACAAAAUAAUAACAAUUUACACAAAUCAUGCUCUUCAAAAGUUUACAUCAGUCCAGCUCUUAAUGUAUCCUAUUGCCUUCUUAAGUAUCAGUGAAUGUUUGAGUCCCUCACUUACCCUUAGUGUGAAAAGAUGGAUCUCAAUAUCAUAUAGUCACCGUUGGAAAGGGGUCAAAUAUGCAGAAGAUGCUGGAGAAGCAAAGAAUGUGCAGGACCUGGAGGAUUUUCUUGAAGAACAGUGGGCAAUUUAACUGUUCAGGACAAAUAAGGGACUUAUGAACAACGAUAAUAAAACAUAAACACAGGUAACGACACAGUAUUAAGAAUAAAGCAUGUGUAAACUUUUGAACUGGUUGAUUUGUGUAAAUUCCAUUAUUAUUGUGUCUUGUGGACUAUAUGUUAUGUGAAAUAGCUUAUUCAUGACCUUAUGGCCUUAACUGUAAUUUUGAUAAUGAGAAAAUACAGGCAGUAUUUACAAUUGACUGAUUUAGAAAAAAUAAACUGGUAGAUCUUUCUGAAUUUCAACGUCACCAAUAAACCAUGCACCAUUCUCA